CUCCAGUGGGUGUUGCCCAGUCCUCCAGGGCGACACCGAAAGCAGUCAGCCCGUCAGUGCCGUGCGCGUCGGUGAGCUCUCACCGGGAUCAUUCGUCAUCUGUCCCUGCUCUUCCUGUGAUCCGACCUCUUACCUGUGUUCACCGCAGCAGCUGCUUGGCACCAUGUCUCGGUUGGACUACCCUCCUCCUGGAUACGAUGAGUCCAGAGGACCUCUGUAUCACCAGCAGGAUGGGAACUACCCUCCACCACCUGCCUAUGGCUUCCCAUCUUAUGGUGGAGUUCCACAAGGACAGCCUUCUGCUCCCUACCCGACAGACCCAAACACACCGUUGUACCAGGGCCAGCCGGCGGGCUACCCUCAAGGACCAUACCAAGGACAGCCAUACCCUGGAGGACCUCCUGGAGCCGGAUACCCAAAUCAGCCUCCAAUGCCGCCCAUCAUCCCGCCCACCAUUCCGUCAGAUGUCCUGCGCUCGAAUGAGGAGUUCUCUGCAGAAGGCGGUGGGUGGGACAAUAUAAGUAUUCGGCAUGCCUUCAUCAGAAAGGUGUAUUUGAUUCUGGCAGUUCAGCUCCUCAUCACUACAGCCAUCGUCUGUGUCUUCGUAUUUGUUGACGCAGUCAAAGAUUUUGUCCGGGCCUACCCGGGGGUCUACUGGGCCUCAUACGCAGUGUACAUCGUCACACACUUGGUGCUGGUCUGCUGUCAGGGCCCCCGGAGGAAGUUUCCAUUGAACCUCAUCUUGCUGCUGCUCUUUACUCUGGCGCUGUCGUACUUGACUGGAACCAUUUCCAGCUACUAUGACACCAAGGCUGUGUUCUUGGCGCUGGGCAUCACUGCUAUUGUGUGCAUCGCCGUCACCGUCUUCUGUUUCCAGACCAAGGUGGACUUCACUAAAUGCCAGGGGCUGUUCUGCGUCCUGGGGAUUGUGAUGUUUGUGGUUAGCCUGAUUUCAGUCAUCGUGCUGUGCUUCAAAUAUAUCUACUGGCUUCACAUGGUGUACGCAGGACUGGGAGCCAUCGUCUUCACUCUGUUCUUGGCGUACCACACUCAGCUGCUGAUCGGAAACAGGAAAUACUCCAUCGGCCCCGAGGAGUACGUGUUCGCCGCUCUCUCUAUCUACGUGGACAUCAUCCAGAUUUUCCUGUUCCUGUUGCAGAUCAUCGGCUCGUCAAACCGAUAGAUCUGCAGCAAUGCACUUUUUAUAUCCUGGUGUGGCGACACGUACACACUCCCAGGGAACGUCAUUAAAGGGCUAAACACAAAUACUCUCACAGCUGCAACCAAUAUAUUCUAGAUAAUCUGCCCACUGUUACUCAUGAACCAUUCAAAUGGUCAGUCUGCAUGUAACAAAGUCUGCUGGUUUCUGUUAUCCCCAGUUUUCUAACAAGCCUUUUAUACACCCCGCUGCAGAGCCUCCAUGAUGAAGAUCCAGACAUAGUUUUUGAGAGGUUCAGUGUUUAAAUAACAAGUGCUUUGUCAUAUCAAUCGGACGAAUGCUGGUUUUUGACAUGAAAGGAUCAUUGUUUCUAAUGAUGCUGUUAUUUACGAACAUUUUCACUGUGUGUGUUUGAUGCAACAAAUGUAAAUAUGAGAGCUGAACCUAUAUAUCAAAUAAAGAUUUUUAUUUGCA